CUGCUGUCCUGUGAUUGACAAAUAAAACGACAACGUUUGGUCCCAAUCUUUCACACACUCUUUCUCCCUCCCUCUUUCUGCUACUGGUCCACUACUACAGUAAAGGUUGGAGCGUGAGAGAGAGGAGAGAGAGAGAGAGAGGGACUGAUGAACGACCUCUCCAAUGGGGCUUUGCUAGAGAGACAUUGUUGCAGCUGCAAGCCGAUACCGGCUUUGGGGCUCUGUAUUCUCACGGCCCUUUUCCUGAUAGGCCUUUCGGUCUCCAUUUUCUUACUCACUGUGGUUCGAAAUGCCGUCUUCCUAGUCUCGUUCCUCUUUCUUUCCUCUCUGGUCUUGGCUUUCUUGUUCUGGAACAAGCGUAAUUGGAGAACCAAAGGCGCCAUCCUUUUCUUCCUCCGCUCUCUUCCCGAAGCUGACCUUCGUCAGGCUAAAGAGGGUCAGCUCGUUAAGAUUACUGGGUUUGCAUCAUGCGGGAGUGUUUCUCUGCAUUCUUCAUAUGAAAGGGCUUCCGGUUGUAUUUAUACGUCAACACUUUUAUACGAGCAUGGAGGAUUGAAUUUAAAUCCAGUAAAGGUCAAUGGAUCAUGCUUCCAUUGGAGUCUAGCAUAUUGUGAGAGGUUCUCCACAGACUUUUACAUAACUGAUAAGAAGUCAGGCCUCAGAGCUGUAGUUAAAGCUGGUUCUGGCUGUAGAGUCACACCCUUGAUUUUUGAGAGUGAACUUUUCAAAACCACGAGACAGUGUAGAGUUCUCUCUCCCCCACUAAGGAAAUGGCUCAGAGAGAGAAACCUCUCGGAUGAAGCCCGUCUCCUGCGUCUGGAAGAAGGAUAUGUACAAGAAGGGAGCACUGUGACUGUAGUUGGAAUAGUUAGUAGAAAUAAUGAUGUGACUAUGAUUGUCCAACCUUCAGAAGUUGUCUCUACAGGAUGUUUAUGGAAAAAGCUGCUUCUCCCAGUUGACAUUGACGGAGUCUUACUUAGUGUUUCACGAAUGGCUGACCUUUCAAUCAACUGAGAGUCCGGCCAAAACAUGGCCUGGACUGGUAGUGUCUGACCUAGCUAGGGCUUAUAAACAGUGUAGGAGCUUACACUUUGAGAUAAAAAUACUAUUGUUUGAAGCUUUUACAGGGCAUUCAUUUGACUCGCCUCGCCAUUUAUUUUUCCUUUCUUAUUUUCUGCAUCACAUGUUACCAGAAGCUGUAACAAUUUGACUAAGUCAAGACUUUUUCUCUAGGAUUCAUCAGAAUAUUUAAUGCUUUCAAGUUUAACCUGUCUGUGAUUCUUGACUCAUUUUGUUCCCUUCUUUAUUGGAAGAUUGUAUAGACAAUACUCAACUAA